AUGCAGUUAGUGGGAGAAAUAACGACAUCGAUCCAGACCCAGUGCUUCCCGAAGACCUAUAAGGAGUACUGUCCGGCAGGAUCCAGGCGUGCUUAUAUCGUCUUCAACGCUGGUGACAUCCCGAGCCUGGCUUACCCAGGCACGACCUGCCUCAGCGGCUGGACCUCUGAUUGUGUGACUACUGUACAGCGCGCGGGCGGGGAACAAUACUUCCAGACGUGGUGCUUCCCCUCCGGGUGGGAUUGCCUCUCCAUCUCGUCAGGCCAGAAACAGAUCCCCCAUCGGGAGUGCGUCAGCCUCCUCACUACGCCGACCGAGAUCUGUAUCAACAACAUCGUUACGACCAGAGGGAGCGAGAGCAUCGUAUCCACGCCAUGGAGGAAGGUCUUGCUCUCGAACCUCCCCAGCGGCGGGCCGAUCGUUGUGAAUCAUCCCGUGUUUCCGCUGUACGGCCGUGUCCCCGUUCAUGGUGUGGGAGCCGCGAAGCCGACUGGGUUGUCGACCGGAGCCAUCGCCGGCAUUGCGAUUGGGAUUGUAGUAGUGGUCUUGGUCCUCCUCGGCAGCUGCGUAUUCGUGUGCAUAAAAAAGAGAAAGCAGAAUAGAGCAGGAGAACUUGCACACUCGAGCCUUGGCCCGGGAGAAGGAAACUCCUCUUACGGGGGCGGAGGUCAUGAUACAAAGAAGGAUCUGACUGACCAUGGCGCUGAGACGCGAGAGAUGUACACGUUGUCGCGGUCCCCCUUGGAGUUGUCGUCACAAACUAGGGUGGUUGAGGUCGGGGCUGAGAGCCUGCCUGUCGAGCUGGCCUCCUAA